AUGAAGGUAUUCUUUGUCUUCGCUGUGGCUCUGGCAUCGGCUCACGCCGGCAUCAUCUCGACCGGUGCCUCCACCCAACACCGAUCCGAAGAUGGACUCGGAAACUACGCUUUCGGAUACGACGAGGGUCACCUAAGUGGUGGAUCUUUCCGUCGAGAGUCUGGAAACGCCCUUGGAGUCAAGAUCGGAUCCUAUGGACUCCGUGAUGCCGAUGGCCGUGUCCGAACCGUUAACUACGUUGCUGACGCCGCUGGAUUCCGCGCCUCGGUCUCUACCAAUGAGCCCGGAACCGCCCCGUCUCUGACCGGUGCCGCGUCUUACAACGCCCCUGUCGUCGCUGCCGCUCCUGUCGUCGCAGCAGCUGCCUCGUACGCUGCCCCUGUUCUCGCCGCCACUGCUCCCGCUUACGCCCGCCACGUUUACGCUGCCCCUCUUGCAGCCCCCCUCGCUCAUUAUGGAGCUCCCAUCGCCCACUACGGAGCCCACUACGGCGCCCACUUCGCCGCUCCUCUCGCUUACGGACACCAUGCUCUGGCCGCCCGCGCCUACUAUUGA